AUGUCGCACAACACGGCAGGCUCCUAUCAUACAAUGUGUAACCACGUUAUUAUUAAGGGAAAGCAGGGUCCCACAGAGGGGCCCCCCGAGAGCGAAGGACAUCGGGGCGUGGGCUUCCCCCUCCCGCGGAGUGGUGCACUCCGGGCGGGGUCACGCCGCCCCACCGCGCCGAGCCGACCGCUCCCUGGAACAGCCGCGCUCGCGCCGAGAUGCUGCCUCCGCCGCGGGCCGUCCUCCUGCGGUGCUCCCGCCUGGCCGGUGCCUGGACCCGGGUUGGGCUGCGGUGGAAGCACGCCUCCCCGCUGAAGGUGGCCAAUGAGCCCAUCUUGGGCUUCGCGCCUGGCAGCCCUGAACGAGACGCACUGCAGAAGGCCUUGAAGGACCUGAAAGGCCAGACGGCAGCCAUCCCAUGUGUGGUGGGGGACGAGGAGGUGUGGACGUCGGACGUCCGGUACCAGGUGUCGCCCUUCAACCACAGACACAAGGUAGCCAAGUUCUGCUAUGCAGACAAGGCCCUGCUCAACAAAGCCAUCGAGGCCUCCUUGGCUGCCAGGAAGGAGUGGGACCUGAAGCCCCUGGCAGACCGGGCCCAGAUCUUCCUGAAGGCGGCCGAUCUGCUAAGUGGGCCACGCAGGGCCGAGGUCCUGGCCAAGACCAUGUUGGGGCAGGGCAAGACGGUGAUCCAGGCCGAGAUAGACGCCGCUGCGGAGCUCAUCGACUUCUUCCGAUUCAAUGCCAAGUUCGCCAUGGAGCUGGAGGGGGAGCAGCCCAUCAGCACGCCGCCCAGCACCAACAGCAUGGUGUACCGGGGGCUGGAGGGCUUCGUGGCCGCCAUCUCACCCUUUAACUUCACCGCCAUCGGUGGCAACCUGGCGGGGGCGCCGGCCUUGAUGGGCAACGUGGUCCUGUGGAAACCCAGCGACACCGCCAUGCUGGCCAACCACGCCGUCUACCGCGUGCUCCGCGAGGCCGGCCUGCCCCCCAACGUCAUCCAGUUCGUGCCUGCGGACGGGCCGGUGUUCGGGGACACCGUGACCAGCUCGGAGCACCUCUGUGGGGUCAACUUCACCGGCAGCGUGCCCACCUUCAAACACCUAUGGAAGCAGGUGGCCCAGAACCUGGACAGGUUCCGCACCUUCCCACGCCUGGCCGGAGAGUGUGGCGGGAAGAACUUCCACCUGGUGCACCGCUCUGCGGACGUGGACAGCGUGGUGAGCGGGACGCUGCGCUCGGCUUUCGAGUAUGGCGGCCAGAAGUGCUCGGCCUGCUCCCGCCUCUACGCGCCCGCCUCCCUGUGGCCACAGAUCAAAGGGCGGCUGCUGGAGGAGCUCCGCAGGAUCAAAGUGGGCGACCCUGCAGAAGACUUCGGGACCUUCUUCUCUGCCGUGAUUGACGCCAAGUCCUUCGCCCGCAUCAAGAAGUGGCUGGAGCAUGCCCGCUCCUCGCCCAACCUCACCAUCCUGGCUGGGGGCAAGUGCGACGACUCCGUGGGCUACUUCGUGGAGCCCUGCAUCGUGGAGAGCAAGGACCCGCGGGACCCCAUCAUGAAGGAGGAGAUCUUCGGGCCUGUGCUGACCGUGUACGUCUACCCAGAUGACAAGUUCAGGGAGACCCUGCAGCUGGUCGACAGCACCACCAGCUUCGGCCUCACGGGGGCAGUGUUUGCCCAGGAUAAGGACAUUGUCCAGGAGGCUACAACUGCGCUGAGGAAUGCUGCUGGGAACUUCUACGUCAAUGACAAGUCCACGGGCUCGGUAGUUGGCCAGCAGCCCUUCGGCGGGUCCCGGGCCUCUGGAACCAAUGACAAGCCCGGGGGCCCCCACUACCUCCUGCGCUGGACGUCACCCCAGGUCAUCAAGGAGACCCACGAGCCACUGGGAGACUGGCGUUACUCAUACAUGCAGUGAGCCUCGCUGGGCACAUCCGACACCUGCCGCUGCCUGUGCCGACCGGCAGCCUCACCACGUGGAGCCCCCUCUUCUUGCCCCUCACAGGCAGCCCCCUUCUGGAGUUGCGACGUGUUCUGCUGCCAGCUUGUGUGCAGGCCCGUGUGAGGCCGUGCUGGGAGGAACAGGGCCACUGCCCGUUCUCCCCGUCAGCCACCUGGGUGCCCUGCCCUUCCCCACCUGUCUCCUUCCAUCGUCCACACCGGGCCCAGUGGUUGUAGGACCUGGGAAUGGGGAGGGGCAGGGAUUGGAGGGGCAGCGCUGGGUCCCGGGUAGUCUCAGCCACUCACAGAGCCCCACCCCCCACCUCAGUGUCCCCGGUGAGGCGUGGCCUCGUGCUGCAGGACACAGGUGGUCCCAGCCACUCUGCCCGCCCACUGCUGUCCAGAGAGCCCCUAGCCAAGCCAAGGGCACCGGCCCAGCCUUAGACCCACGUGCCUUGCCACAGGGUGCCUGUCCCCCUCCGGGACCCUGCCAUGUCUACCACCUGCCAGAGGUGGCACUUGGCCGUUCUUCCACGCAGCCUGAGAUUCUACAAGGCUGUGGGGGGGGGGGGGGGUCUCCAUCCUGCUAGGACUUCAGCCCCGGGUUCCCUUCCGUCCUGCGCUGACGCGUGGCUAGUGGAAUCCACCCUGCCCAACACGGGCCACUCCUUCAGCCGUCCUCCCUUCGGCUGCGGCCAGUCCGUCCAGCAGUGGCCAAGGGCAAACUCUUCCUGUCUGGGUUCUGGAUGCUCAGGGUCUCUACAGUGGGACUCUUGAGGGUGGUGUUUUAGGGGACUGACAGUGCUGGGAUCCCCUCAAGGGCAAAUGCAUGGCCCCCCACAGAGCUAUUGUGCCCCCGUGUGUGUCCCUAUCUCUCACCACGGCCCACAGUUACACAGGGCCAGUGCUGCCUGGGCCUGCACGGGCUCUGUUUCCUUCUGACCUAUGUUGUCUCUCCUGGGGGCUGGGGUGCAGGCUCGAGGUGCCAGUUCUACUGACUGUACACUGUGACAUGGCAGUGGGGGGUGCCCGGUGCCACCCAAUAAAAUGCCUGCCACCUGA